AAAUUGCUUUUAACUCAAAUAUUGCGGCUUCUCUAAAAAAAUUCAAUAUUGUUGUCCGAUAAAUAUAGAGGAAGUGAAGUGAAGAUCAAAGACAUUGUUUUUAUUGAAACAAAAAAACAAGAUCGAAGACAAUUGAAUUUGAAAGUGGUGGACUAAAAGAAGAAGAAAAAUGGCGGCGAAGCAAAUGGAAGAGAUUCAAAAGAAAUUAGGGAAGUUGAAAUACGGAAGAGCAAAUGCACCUGCUCAGUCUCUUCUCUUCGCCGGCAUGGAGCGUUACGCUCUUCUCGAAUGGCUCUUCUUCAAGCUGUUGGGUGAUAAAUCCCCAUUCUCACAGCAAAAUCUGCAAGGAGAUGCUAUGGUUGGUGACGAAGAGACUGCUCGUAUUCAACGUUUAGCAGACAUUGCCAAGUUUCUUGGUAUCACUACAACCAUAGAUACUGAAGCCAUCCAAGGGCGAGGAAGUUAUGAAGACCGAACUGAAAUGCUUCAUCUAUUAGUUGAUCUUGUGGAGGCUAGCAUAUACGCUGACAAUCCAGAAUGGAGUAUUGACGAGCAGGUGGCUAAAGACAUACAACUAAUAGAUUCUAUAGCUGAGAAACAAGCUUUGAUUUUCUCGGAAGAAUGCAAAUUGUUCCCAGCAGAUGUGCAAAUUCAAUCUAUAUAUCCCCUGCCUGAUGUGUCUGAGCUGGAAAAUAAACUUUCAGAACAAUCAAAGAUACUUUUGAAUCUUCAGCAGAAAGUUGAUGAUUUGGCAUCAAAGCAUGCUUACAAUCCAGAUGAGGAAUAUACAGAAGUGGAAUCCCAACUGCGGGCACAUUUGGAAUCUUUUCUAGAAACUGCAAGACAGUUCAAUGUGAUUUACACCAAGGAAAUUCGCCCAUGGACGCACAUGAUGGAGGUGCCACAGCUUCAUGGCUUUGGGCCAGCUGCCAAUCGUUUGUUGGAGGCGUACAAAAUGCUUUUGAAGUUUCUGGGGAACUUGAGGAAUCUCAGAGACUCGCAUGCAGCUCUUGCUGUUGGGCCGUCUGAAACAAUAGCCGGUGAGCCCUCGUCUGUUACAAGAAUAAUUUCUGAGUGUGAAUCUGCCUUGACAUUCUUAAAUCGUGAUCUUGGAGUUUUGUCGGCUUCAAUUGCACGUGAAGGAGGAAAUGAUGUGACCUUAUGAUGAUGAAACUUACUUUCAUCGUGACCACUCAGACUCUUAGGCAAGAUCUGUUCAUGUAGAUUAAGUUUUUAAACUUUUAUAUAAACAUUGUUUGAUUUGAAAAUCAUAGUAGAAACUUCUUUUGGGUGAGUGUGGAGUGCUUAUGACAAACUUCAGUCAUUUUUUAGUUCCUGUAACAAAUACAUGAUCUGUCAUCUAAGUGAAAAAGCCGAAUCUAGCUACCCAUUUCCAAUUAUUGAUAAAUCGGAGAAAUGAUUAAUGUAAACAAGUUCGUUUAUUUAUUAAUUAUGAAUGUUUUGUGAUUUAA